AUGUCGCACUCACACUGCCACGACGAGCAUCACGACCACUCCCACGCUGACGGCCACGACCACAGCGACGACAUCACCCCAGCCCUCCAGAACAUCCUCUACGAACAACUCGACUUCCCCAAGCUCGUCACGCUCAACGAAGAUGAAUCCAACAGCGGUCGCGCAAUCUGCCAGAAGACAUGGGCCCAGCGCCUCGAACCCGAGCCCGAGCUGAAGAGCAGUGCCGAUGAACAAAUCCUCAUGACGGUGCCUUUUACAGGCCAAGUGCGACUGCAUUCCAUCAUCCUACGAACGAGCCCUGGCCCCGACUGCCCCAAGACCCUCAAAGUCUUCGUCAACGAAGAUUCGCUCGAUUUUGAAACCGCGGCCGAAAAGGAACCCACACAGAUACUGGAAAUCAGUCAGACGAGCGAGGUGCAAGAGAUACCCGUCAAGAGGGCCAAGUUCGGCACAACACGCAGUCUGAGCUUAUUUUUCGAGGACAACUGGAGUAAUGGCGAAGAAGACGAGACGAGAAUAAGCUAUCUGGCGUUCAAAGGCGACUUUAUGAAGCUGAACAAGGAGGCUGUGUCUGUCAUGUACGAGGCCGCUGCGAAUCCCAAUGAUCAUAAGAAUAUUGUAGGAAUUGGACAGGGCGUAGGACGGAGUAUACAGUAA